AUGGCUUGCAAUCCAUGUUGUUGCUUCAGCCUGAAAGACAGUGCCGUAAUGAUAGGCAUCUGGACACUGGUCUUUGCGAUAGCUCAACUUGGUAUAAUGGGUUGGCAGAUGGCAGCGAUUAAAUAUGAGAAAGAUCGAGCAGCGAACACACUCCUUCCCAACUAUAACACCUAUGGAAAAUAUGAUAUCCCAUCCUAUUACGAGUCCUAUUGGCAAAGUCCUGAAGAACGCUAUUACACUGGACUUUUCAUCAUCCAAAUUCUAUGUCUGAUAUCGGCGUUCUUCUUGUUGUUCGCUUCAGUAGCACUGAUCUAUGGUGUGCACACGUGGUCCCGCCAUUUGAUAUGGCCAUGGUUCAUAUGCAUAAUAUCGUCUAUCCUGUGCUCUUUGGCUUACUGUAUUAUGUGGUGGGCAGGAGAUGUACGGGAUUACUGGAUGGCUCUUACCAUUUUGGAAAUCAUCGCAGUGUUCAUCAACGUAUACUGUGUGGUUGUGGUGUACAUGUUCAUGAGACGGCUGGCAGCUACAACAGAUGAAUAUGAAGGAAAAAAUCCACAAGUAAGGUAUAAGGUCAACCGCAACGGUUAUACAAGGAAGGAUUUUGACGAUUACCCAUAUGAUAUCCGUCGAGCGACUCCAGAAAAGAUUAUGAAAAAUUCUUAUCCUCACUAUACAACUCCCAUGCGUCCAACAUAUCCACCGUAUACACCCAGUGAAAUUCCCCAAACUCCACUGCCAAUGCCGCCACGUCGACAUACACCAGUUCCUCCAUAUCCUGUGGACGAUCGAGAGAUAUCAUAUGAGCGAGAGCCAAAAGCGGUGGUUGUGGAGAGGGAAGAUCCUGUGGCGCAUUGGGUAAAGGACCAACAGCGAAUUGAACGCGGAGAAGCAGUUAGUGAGCCCAUUUCUCCAAGUCGAGAAGUCCACGCGACUACCGCUCCACUUCAGCAUUCGCGGUCAGUUCCAUCUCUCUACGACGGCACUCUAGUUUCUCAUCGGAGCUGCCGCCACGGAAAGCACAGGAGUUCGUCACGACACCGUAGGCACCGUGCGAGAGAUAUAGCAGACUCAGACUCCCAAGAAGACUCAUCUUACGAGCGCAGAAGACGACACAGGAGCAAGACGCGAUGCACUGAGUCUGAACUUUCAGAAACGACGGACCAAGUAUACAGAGAUGAAAGGCUACGAAGAAGCAGAAGAUCUCACUCUCAUAAUCACACGCGAGAUAGGGAAGAAAGGCGGAGAGGAAAAAGGGACGAGGAUCAUCGGCAUCGAAAAGAUAGGGAGACAGAAUACUUCGAAAGGUACCGAAGGCGUGGUGCCGAUUCAGAUGUGGAUCAGGUAAUGGUCAGGAAGACAGAAAGGCGAGAGGAGCAGAGGAAUGGCGUAGUGCCACGGAUGGAAAGGCCAGAGAAAGACUCCUCCCUAGAAGUGCCUGGUGAAGGUGUAUUCCCAUUAUCUGGUGGGAUUUCUAUCCCUCAGCAUAUCGUUAUACCUCCAUCAACCGGGGAACGUGGUCCAAACGGGGAACCAUUACCUCAGAAGUUCCAAAUCAACUCUGAAAUUACGAUCAAUUACGAUGGACAUAAAUCUUCGUCUCUUUCGGAAACUCAGGAACCCUUUAGGAGGAGAUACCCGGCUGCUAUCCAAUCAAACGUCUGACCUCUUCAUCGUCUUCUCUCCUUUUACAGAUCUCUUAUGCUCAGCGCGUGCUUCCAAGACCUUCUACUCACUUUUUACCCACUUGCAUUUUUGCUCGUUUCAGUUAUUCUGUGAUAUUCUUUUUGACAGUUCACUUAUC